AUGCAUUUUGCUCGGAAGAUAGUUUGGUUCCUAGUACUGAUAGAGGUUGGUUGGACAGUGGCUGCGAUUUUGAAACGCAGGAGUCAACCCCCGGAACCAAGUUUUGGCAAAGAACAGCUGCCCGAAGAAUUUGGAAAAUGGUUCUUCAAUUUCGGUUGGAACAACAACGAAGACGAGAACAAUCCGUGGGAGCUGAGUGGACUUUUCGAGGGAGAUAUUUUGCUGGACUCUCCGGCAGCCACUAGGAAUGGCAUUUUGAAUGAAGCCUUGCGUUGGCCUAAUGCGACAAUUCCGUAUUAUAUCGAAGAUGAUGAUUUUUCUGACGAGGAGCAGUUUAUAAUUCUACGAGCGCUUAGAGAAUUCCACCUGAAGAGUUGUGUACGCUUUCGUCCUUACGAAGAUGAUGACCCGAGCUGGAUAACUUUUCGAUCUGGGAGUCCUGGCUGUUGGACCGGAGUAGGAAUGAAACCCGAUGGACAAAUUGUUAACCUGCACUCUCCCAGUUGUGUCAAGCAUGGUGUCAUCAUUCAUGAGGUGCUCCAUUCGUUGGGAUUUUUCCACCAGCAAAGUGCCUCGGAUCGGGACAGCUACGUGAAGAUCAUUUGGAAGAAUAUUAAACCAGGACAUGAGCGGAACUUCAAUAAGUAUAGUGAACAGGUCGUUAGCAGUUUUGGAGUUGAGUAUGAUUUUGAUAGUGUUAUGCACUAUGGUUCGAAGGCGUUCUCCAAAAAUCGAUGGCCAACCAUUAUUCCACUGCGACUUAACGUUACUAUUGGUCAGAGGAAAAGGCUCAGUGAGAGGGAUGUUCAAAAGUUGCAGUUGAUGUAUGAGCAACAGUGUGAAGAACGCGGAGAUCUGGAAGAGGAAGAACAUCCUGAUUUUAUCGACCAUUACAAUGAGCUGUUGAGUUUUGUUUCUUUUAAGACAGAGAUGCCUCCCACAUUGUGA